GUUUGGCUCCGGCUCGUGUGUGCUCUCCUCCACCUCCACCCCAUAAAUAUCCCCUUCGUCGUCUUCGUCAUCGUCUCCAACCUCCGAUUUCAAUUCCAGCGCGGGAGCCGUAAUCCCCUCCACUUCCGUACGAUUCCAGCGCGGUGGGGUGGGCGAGGUGCGUGGCCAUGGCGGACGCGGCGGUGGAGCUGCCUGGACGGCUCGCGAUACUGCCGUUCCGCAACAAGGUGCUCCUCCCGGGGGCCAUCGUGCGGAUCCGCUGCACCAACCCCAGCAGUGUGAAGCUUGUGGAGCAGGAACUCUGGCAACGGGAGGAGAAGGGUCUGAUCGGGGUGCUCCCUGUGCAUGACUCCGAAGCUGCUGGCUCAUUGCUGUCUCCUGGUGUAGGCAGCGAUUCAGGUGAGGGUGGGAGCAAGGCGCCUGGUGGUUCUGCAGGAGAAUCAACGAAGCAGGAUACUAAGAAUGGGAAGGAGACCAUUCACUGGCACAGCCGGGGAGUAGCUGCUAGGGCUUUGCACCUUUCCAGAGGUGUGGAGAAACCAAGUGGAAGGGUUACAUAUAUUGUCGUCCUUGAAGGUUUAUGUAGGUUCAGUGUUCAAGAGCUCAGUGCAAGAGGUUCAUAUCAUGUCGCUCGUGUCUCACGUCUUGAUAUGACAAAAACGGAGUUGGAGCACGCAGAGCAGGACCCAGAUCUCAUUGCUCUUUCUAGGCAGUUCAAAGCUACUGCAAUGGAACUAAUUUCCGUUCUUGAACAGAAGCAGAAGACAGUUGGUAGGACUAAGGUGCUUCUUGAGACAGUUCCUGUGUACAGACUAGCUGAUAUUUUUGUGGCUAGCUUUGAAAUAGGUUUUGAGGAGCAGUUGUCAAUGCUGGAUUCAGUUGACUUAAAAGUUAGACUUUCCAAGGCAACCGAACUUGUUGACAGGCACCUGCAGUCAAUUCUUGUAGCUGAGAAAAUAACUCAAAAGGUUGAGGGUCAGCUAUCAAAGUCUCAGAAAGAGUUUUUGCUUCGCCAGCAGAUGCGGGCUAUCAAAGAGGAACUUGGCGAUAAUGAUGAUGAUGAGGAUGAUGUAGCGGCAUUGGAAAGGAAGAUGCAGAAUGCUGGAAUGCCUGCUAAUAUUUGGAAGCAUGCUCAAAGGGAGUUAAGGCGUCUAAGAAAGAUGCAACCUCAGCAACCUGGAUAUAGCAGCUCUCGAACCUACUUGGAACUUCUUGCUGAACUUCCUUGGCAAAAAGUCAGUGAGGAGAGGGAGCUUGACCUUAGAGCUGCAAAGGAGAGUCUUGACCGUGAUCAUUAUGGGCUGACCAAGGUUAAGCAACGGAUUAUUGAAUAUUUGGCUGUUCGUAAGCUUAAGCCUGAUGCCAGAGGUCCAGUCCUGUGUUUUGUGGGACCACCUGGUGUUGGAAAGACAUCAUUAGCAUCGUCGAUAGCAAAGGCACUAAAUAGGAAGUUCAUAAGAAUCUCUCUUGGUGGUGUAAAGGAUGAGGCUGAUAUUAGGGGUCACCGAAGAACAUACAUUGGAAGCAUGCCAGGACGUCUCAUUGAUGGACUAAAGAGAGUAUCGGUCAGCAACCCAGUGAUGCUUCUUGAUGAAAUUGACAAAACUGGUUCUGAUGUACGUGGGGACCCAGCAUCAGCGCUGCUAGAAGUUCUUGACCCUGAGCAGAAUAAAACGUUCAACGAUCACUAUUUGAAUGUUCCAUUUGACCUGUCGAAGGUCAUAUUUGUUGCAACUGCCAACAGGAUGCAACCCAUCCCCCCUCCUCUGUUAGAUAGGAUGGAAGUUAUUGAGCUACCAGGUUACACACCUGAAGAGAAGCUAAAAAUAGCCAUGAAACAUCUCAUACCAAGGGUACUGGAACAGCAUGGCUUGAGCUCCACAUAUCUUCAGAUUCCUGAGGCUAUGGUCAGACUCAUCAUUGAGAGAUACACGCGAGAAGCUGGUGUACGUAAUCUUGAGCGGAACCUAGCUGCAUUGGCCCGUGCAGCUGCAGUCAAGGUUGCGGAGCAAGAUAGUGCGCUUAGACUUGGCAAGGAAAUACAACCAAUUACUACAACUCUACUGGAUUCUAGGCUUGCUGAUGGUGGUGAAGUUGAAAUGGAAGUUAUUCCUAUGGGCCAGGACAUAUCAAAUACUUAUGAGAAUCCAUCACCCAUGAUUGUUGAUGAGGCUAUGCUAGAAAAAGUGCUUGGGCCUCCAAGAUUUGAUGAUAGCGAAGCUGCAGAUCGUGUGGCGAGCCCAGGAGUGUCAGUUGGGCUUGUUUGGACUUCAUUUGGUGGGGAGGUACAAUUUGUCGAGGCUACAGCGAUGGUGGGUAAGGGUGAUUUGCAUCUGACAGGGCAACUUGGUGACGUAAUUAAGGAGUCAGCACAGUUAGCUCUGACAUGGGUGAGAGCAAGAGCUGCUGACCUUAAUCUGUCACCUACUUCUGAUAUUAACUUAUUGGAGAGUCGUGAUAUUCACAUACAUUUUCCUGCUGGCGCGGUGCCAAAGGAUGGUCCUUCUGCUGGAGUGACAUUGGUAACAUCAUUAGUGUCACUAUUUAGCCACCGAAAAGUCAGAGCUGACACUGCUAUGACGGGAGAGAUGACUCUUAGGGGCCUUGUGUUGCCAGUUGGCGGUGUUAAGGAUAAGGUACUUGCAGCACAUAGAUAUGGCAUCAAGAGAGUAAUAUUGCCAGAAAGAAACAUGAAGGACUUGGCUGAGGUUCCAGCACCCAUUCUCUCUGGCUUGGAGAUUCUGCUUGUGAAGCGCAUCGAGGAAGUACUUGACCAUGCUUUUGAAGGUGGAUGCCCUCUGAGACCACACUCCAAGCUAUAGCAUCAACCAAUCUGAAGAUGGCGUUUGAUCUGGUAUACUUUCCUGCUGGUUAUGUACCUAUUUUGGAGAUUCAUCCAUAAAACAAGGUUCAGAUUUCCAUGAAAGAGCAACUAUUCCACGAGGUAGAAUCUCACGCCAAACGCAGGCUUGCAGCGCUGCUGCCAAUCCAUCUCGGUUGAGCAACAUUCGGAAUCUGUAUACGAGUUAUACAAAACAGAUGUGAGUUCUGCACUUCUGUUUGUGCCUGCGUUCCCAACUGCAUAUAUUUAUAGAGGGAUACUGUCUGAUGUACACGCAUCUGUUGUUGAUUUGGCUGUAUAUGUAAUCUAUUUAGGGAAAAAUCAAUAUGUCAUAUCAUACCACAAGAAGGAAUCAUCAAAGAGCCCUCGAGGCUGUUCCUCAAAAUGUCGUUGACCUAUCUUGUCCCACUGGCUCACGAAUAAGAUUAUAGUUGAAUAAAUGUUUUGUUUUCAGUGUA